AUGUCCGAUCGUGACCAUCACGUCUUGCUCCAACCACACGUCCUCUACGUCUCCACCAAACAACGCGGCAACGGCGUCCUCUCCUUCAUUCGAAACGUCCCACAGGCAUUUUCACGCAUGAUUCCGGACUACGUCAUGAGUGCAACCCGCUGUGCCUUGUUUCUUUCCUGCAAAUACCAUUCGUUGUAUCCCAACUACAUUCAUCGCCGUAUCGCGGAACUUAAAACGGACUUUACUCUCCGAAUACUGCUCGUUUUGGUGGACGUGGAAGACAACGCCAACGUUUUGCUCAUACUGAACAAGCUAGCUGUGCAAAACAACCUCACGCUUAUACUAGCAUGGACCGAGGAAGAAGCCGCACGAUAUUUGGAAACCUACAAAGCCUUUGACGGCAAGGACGCUUCCAUUAUUCAGAAGAAGGAACAGUCCCAUUUCGCGGAUCAAGUCGCCGACUUCUUGGGAACCUGCAAGGGCGUCAACAAGACGGAUUCCGCCCAACUGUUGUCGCAAUUUUCCAAUGUUCGCGCUCUAGCGGCCGCUUCCAUGGAAGAAAUGGGUCUCGUCAUGGGUAUGGGCGGAGUCAAGGUCAAGCGUUUGCACGAUGCAUUGCAUAAACCUUUUUCG